UCCCGGCCCGCACCAGCUUUACGGCAUGAACCAUCCCGAGUAUCCUGCGGGUUAUUCCACCGCAUCUCAGACGGCUCCUCGACAGAGGACCGCAAUUGCAUGCAAGUACUGUCGUCGCAGGAAGGUUCGUCAUUUCCUCUCCCGCUGUUGCCAGCCAAUGCUAACAGAGUCCCCCCGGUAGAUCCGCUGUUCUGGUUUUGACACCUCGGAGGACGGCAAAUGCACCAACUGCACGAGGUUCAACCAGGAAUGCGUCUUUAUGCCUGUUUCCAACACCAAUACGCA